UUUUUACUUAUGUAGUUCUACAUAUUCCCUUACAAUUAAAUUCAAUCUAGUAUUUUUUUUAUGAUUUCUCUAAUCCUUAAAUAUUUAUUUUUCUUAAUUGUCGUAAAUAUAAAAUUAGUUUGUCACCCACCCUCAAUCCUGAGUCCUGACUACCUGAGUACCUGACCGGCUGACCCGACCUAUUCCAGAAAACAUACUCAUUCUCAUUUCAAUUCUCAUUAGCUAUCUCUUGUUUCGGCUUUCUGUAGAACUGGAGCAUUAUUCAUCCGUCAAUCGUUAUCUGGUGUCUUUAUCUUGCUUCAUCUCUUCUAUUAUUCAUGCCUUUUGCUCUCUAUAAUACACAAUUUUUGCUUCAUAUCCAUGUCUUAUUGCGUUGUAUACAAACAACAAAACCUUUUCGCUGUUAAGAAAUCAUUUAUUCAUUUUUGUGUUGUUGAAAAUGCCAGAAAUUCAACUUGGUGCUCACACCUUGAGAUCUCAUGGAGUGCAAGUGGCUAGAUUUCAUAUGCAUGAUUGGCUUAUACUUUUCCUUCUAGUGGUCAUCGACAUUGUCCUUAAUGUCAUUGAACCAUUUCAUCGAUUCGUUGGGAAAGGAAUGAUGGAAGAUCUCAUGUAUCCUUUAAAAGGGAAUACCGUUCCUUUUUGGGCUGUUCCGAUUAUAGCAAUUUUGUUGCCAUUUUGUGUUAUUGUUCUCUACUAUGCCAUUCGAAAUGACGUCUAUGAUUUCCAUCAGGCAACUCUAGGUCUCCUGUUUUCUGUGCUUAUUACUUCUGUGAUAACUGAUGCCAUCAAAGAUGGAGUUGGUAGACCUCGUCCAGAUUUCUUUUGGCGUUGUUUUCCUGAUGGGAAAGGGGUGUUUAAUAAUGUCACGGGAAAUGUUAUGUGCACUGGUUUUAAGAGUGUUAUCAAAGAAGGCCAUAAAAGUUUUCCGAGUGGGCAUACGUCAUGGUCAUUUGCUGGGCUUAGUUUCCUAGCAUGGUACUUGUCGGGGAAAAUUAGGUGUUUUGACCGAAGAGGCCACGUUGCAAAGCUUUGCAUUGUUUUUUCACCCAUACUUUUGGCUGCAAUGGUGGGAGUUUCUCGUGUUGAUGAUUACUGGCAUCAUUGGCAAGAUGUCUUUGCAGGAGGUCUGCUAGGUUUAGUGGUUGCUUCAUUCUGUUACUUGCAGUUUUUUCCACCACCAUACCAUCCAGAUGGUUGGGGUCCUCAUGCAUAUUUUCACAUGCUGGAGGCAUCGAGAAAUGGCGUUCAGCCUUCGAGUAGCAACAUCAACGCUCUUGACCUUCGUACUACAGAGUUGGAAAGCGUACAAGUAGAACCACAACAUGGAUCCGAGAGGUCAGAAUUUGGUUAUUAUCGUCGAGAUUCUAGGCCAAUUCUAAAUGAAAGAGAAGGUGGUAUGAAUCAUUGAACCAUCUUGUGUUCAUAGUGUACAAAAACACUAGUCAAGUUGGAGUCGGAUUCAGAGUCGGAGUCGGGUCUUUAUUCCAGUUUAGACGAUUUAUUUGGCUUCAAUUAGGGAAAUGUUAACGAAUUCAUUUUAACAGAUCUGAUCAUGCACUUCUAUUGUGGAUGGCCAAGGUCUUGAUUGAAGUUUCAUAUUCUUUAGUAUUAUUCUUAGUUUACAAUUUCUUUGUUUCACAACAAUACUAUUUUUUUUUGUGGGAUUUGGUAUCAAUCUUGAUUAAAACAUUACUCAUUUGUCUCGCUCAAAUACCCACAUUUUGAAUUUCAUUGCAAGAGUUUUUAAUUUAAAUGUUAUAAAAUAGGUGGGAUAGAGAAGUAUUGUAUAUUCUUGUUGAAUACUUUCUCCGUUCUGAAAUACUUACUACAUUUUGUUUUGGGCACUAUUCAUCGUUCAAGUUU